AUUUGGCAAAUAAUAAUGUAAAAUGGUGCUAGCACCCACCUACUGCUACCCUCUCCAUCUCUCUCUCUCUCUGGUUUUUGCUGUACUCUCACUCUCAGUCUCUGAGUCUCGGUCGCUUGAUGUGUUUUCUAUUUUUGGCACGUUUGUUGGGUCUCUUAUUCGUCAAUUCACUGUUCUUUAUUUUUUUCAGUACCCACUACCCACCUGACCUCCAUUUAUAUCUCCACAUUGUCUUUUCUUAGUUGCGAAUCUCUGGUCAGGUUCUUUAGCUUCUCCUCGUUUUAUUUCAACAACUUUAUUGUAUUUCUGUGAACAUUUGUUUCUCUGUUUAAGCAUUGUUGUUUCUUUUACUUGUUAUUGUGCACAUUGCUUACAGAAACUCCCAUCCUUGUUGAGCUGCUUUUAACUGAUAAAAAGAUGUAGAUUUUUGUCAUGUUUUACUGCUUUAUUUUUUGUUGAUUUGGUUAUUCGCUUUUGUUCUUGAUAUUCGCAAUUGGGUUUCUGCUCUUUCUUCGUUUUGUGGUGCAAAAAGUUUUGGUGAAUUUAUUUUUUCCAUUUCUGAGAAAAUGGGUUCAUAAUUUUGUCAAGUCUUGAGCUGUGAAGCUUAAUUUUUAUAUGUUUCUUUUAUUGUGGUCUUUGGUUCGAUGUAGUCUUCCAAUUAUCCUGAUUUUUUGACCAAUGCAUUUGUAUUUUCAUGUAAAUUAGCAUAGAUUACGAUUACAUUGUUGAUUUCUUUCCAUUUAUAAUAGUUGCUUUUGAGAAAGUGGUUUAAUUUCUCUUCAUCUCUCAUUCAAAUUGGUUCAUUUUAUCCAAUUUCUACUCCCUUUGCCCCUCUCUUUGAAGUUUGUGACUUGGGACAAGUACUGAAGCAAUGCCUAUAAUCUAUUUGGUGUUAUUGUUGCUGCUAGUAAAUGCUUUUGGACAAUCAGAUUUUGAAGCACUCUUGGAGCUCAAGAAAGGCAUUGAGAAAGACCCAUCUGGGAAAGUUCUUGUUUCAUGGGAUUCUAAUUCCUUGGCCUCUGAUGGAUGCCCCCAGAACUGGUAUGGAGUUGUCUGCAUUGAUGGCAAUGUAGAUUCCAUUACUCUAAAUGACGCGGGCCUUGUUGGGAACUUUAGUUUCCCAGUCCUUACUGGCCUUAAAAUGCUUCGAAACCUGUCAAUUUCCAAUAACCAUUUAAUGGGAACUAUCUCAAAUGUUGGUUCCAUCGAGUCCCUUGAGUACUUGGAUAUUUCGUGCAAUUUGUUUCAUGGGUUUCUACCCUCUGGCAUAGUCAAUUUAAGGAAUUUAGUGCUUUUGAAUCUUUCUUCAAACAAUUUUCAAGGCAUGAUUCCCUCUGGUUUUGGCAGUCUUGAGAGGUUGAAAUAUUUAGAUUUAAGGGCUAAUAGCUUUUCUGGAGAUAUAAUGAAACUUCUUUCCCAGUUGGGCAGUGUGGUUCAUGUUGACCUAAGCAGCAAUCAGUUAUCUGGCUCAUUGGAUUUGGGACUUGGGAAUGCCAGUUUUGUUUCAUCAAUUCAAUAUUUGAAUAUAAGCCAUAAUGCCUUGGUUGGACAGCUCUUUGCUCAUGAUGGAGUGCCAUAUUUUGACAGUUUAGAGGUCUUUGAUGCUAGUAAUAAUCAGUUAGAUGGUAAUAUACCUCCAUUUCAAUUUGUUGUCUCUCUUCAGAUUCUUAGGCUCAGAAGUAACCAGAUGUCAGGGUCUCUACCAGAGGCUCUUUUGGAAGACAAAUCAAUGCUAUUGACUGAACUGGAUCUUAGCCUUAAUCAACUGACAGGUCCAGUUAGAAGUAUCACCUCUGCAACUCUCAAGAAGCUAAAUUUGUCUUCAAAUAAAUUGACAGGCUUCUUACCUGCCACUGUAGGACACUGUGCCAUUAUAGAUCUAAGUAAUAAUAUGCUCUCAGGAGAUAUAUCAAGAAUUCAGAACUGGGGAAAUUAUGCGGAACAUAUUCAGUUGAGUAAUAAUUCAUUGACAGGGAGUUUGCCAAACCAAACUUCUCAAUUCUUGAGGUUGACUUCACUCAAGAUAUCAAAAAACUCAUUAAAUGGUGAACUUCCAACAGUUUUGGGUACGUACUCACAACUAAAAGUGAUUGAUCUUAGCCUUAAUUUUCUCAGUGGGUUCCUCCUUCCAAACCUCUUCAACUCAACAACAUUGACUGAUCUCAACCUGUCAGCCAACAAUUUCACUGGCUCAAUCCCUGUUCAGGAAAUACAAGGCUCCUCCCAAAAUUUGAGCUUGAUGUCUCUUGAUUUAUCAUAUAAUUCCUUAGAUGGCUUUUUGCCCCCUGAAGUCGGUCAGUUCCAUAACUUGGUUUUUCUUAACCUAUCCAACAACAAACUCAAAGGCACCAUUCCAGGGGACCUUCCAGAUGGGUUGAAAGGAUUUAAUGUGUCUUAUAACAAUCUCUCUGGUGUGGUACCUGAUAACUUGAGGCAGUUUCCUGAUUCAGCUUUCCAUCCUGGAAAUCCCUUCUUGAUUUUUCUUAAAUCGCCAUUGUCACCAGAAGGUCCUACAGAGCUGACUUUAAGGAAGCAUAGAUCUCACAUGAAACCUUCUAUGAAAGUUUUCUUGAUAACUGCUAUGGUUGGUACUGCAACUGUAAUCGCUAUUUUGUGCAUGGCCAUUUACUACAGGACCCAUUGGCAGAAUCAUGGUAGGAGAAGUUUAAAAGGGGAUGAAGGACAGGAAGGUGUCCCACAAGAGCGUUCUUCCGUUUCUCAUUCCUCAGCAAUUAACAAAAGUUUGGACAGGUCAUUAUCAUCAUUUAGUUUUCAUCAAAGUCUUCAUCCAUCAUCACAGUUAGGCUCUGCAUAUCAUCCUGGGGACACAUCAUCAGCUCUACAGAAGUCUACUGAUCAUCCUGAAUCAAUAAGAAAAAAUGAAGGAUUAUAUCCUUCCUUGUCUCAUUUGUCAUCUUCAAAUCCUUCACCUUCUAAAAGCCAACUUUCCUCAGAGCAUCCAGGUGUCCAAGUAUAUUCUCCAGAAAAAUUGGCAGGAGAUUUACAUCUGUUUGAUGGCUCCCUAGUGUUCACAGCAGAAGAACUUUCACAUGCUCCAGCAGAAGUUAUUGGGAGGAGUUGCCAUGGUACUCUAUAUAAAGCCACACUUGACUCUGGUGUUGUACUGGCCGUAAAAUGGUUAAAAGAGGGAAUAGCAAAAGGGCGGAAGGAAUUUGCAAGGGAAGUAAAGAAACUCGGGAACAUCAGACAUCCAAAUUUAGUUUCUGUUCAGGGUUACUACUGGGGCCCAAAGGACCAUGAGAAGAUGAUAUUAUCUAACUAUGUUAAUGCCCAAUGUUUGGCCUUCUAUCUGCAAGAUAAAGAGCCAAGAAAACUCCCAUCUUUAUCUCUUAAUGAUCGGCUCAGGAUUGCUGUUAAUGUUGCUCGAUGUCUGAACUACUUACACAAUGAGAGAGCAAUACCCCAUGGCAACCUCAAAUCCACAAACAUUUUAUUAGAGCCUCCAAACAUGAAUCCACUGCUCACAGAUUACAGUCUCCACCGAAUAUUGACAUCAGCUGGCACAGCAGAACAAGUUUUGAAUGCUGGUGCUCUUGGCUAUAGGCCUCCUGAAUUUGCUAGCUCAAGUAAACCCUGCCCAUCAUUAAAGAGUGAUGUCUAUGCAUUUGGGGUUAUCUUGUUGGAGCUCAUAACUGGAAAAAGUUCUGGGGAGAUUGUUUCCGUUGACCCAGGAGUAGUUGAUCUGACAGACUGGGUGAGGUUAUUAGCUGAAGAAAACCGAUACAGCGAGUGCUUUGAUAAACUGCUUGUAGAUGGGCCAGAUGUGGAGGGACCCAGGAUUCUUGGUGAAAUGCUGCAAGUGGGACUAAGAUGUAUCCUACCAGCAUCUGAGAGGCCUGACAUGAAUUCAGUUUCUGAAGAUCUCUCAAUGUUAGUAUUAUGAAAGGUCUCUCAAAUUGAGCAGAAGCUUUAACUCUAGCCUAUGUCACUGACCCCCCCCUUUUUUUUUCUCUUUUUAUUUUUUGGGGGGAUACUGCUUGUAAUUAGUCUGUUUACCUUUUAGUGUUUUGAAGCUGCAGAUGUUCCUGUGAUGUGUAUAAUGGCAUUUGAUAGAUAGGUAUUGUUAUAUGCAGGAAAGGAAACAAGGUUAUUUGUCCCCUCAGGUUGGUGGGUUAAUUCAUUCUUUUUAACCCUAUCUAGUGAAUGUGAUUUAAUCUCUAUUAAUGUUAUUUCACCAUUCAAAUUCA